UAUAUAAGCGUUCGGAUGUGGGACUCACCGGAUGCUCUAGAAACAGUAGCGCAGACACUGCUCACCAUGUCGCCAAAAUUCCUUUGCGCCAUCCUUGUGACACUAUUCGCUGUGCAGAUGUGGGAAGCUGCAGCACACAGCAGACGAGACAUCAGCCUUCCGACUCUCAACUUACUGGACCCGGUAGGCAGCAUAAAGAGUAUCAAAGAAUUCUUUGGCAAUUUGUUUGGGUCACUGGUUCAAGCCGGACAAAACGCAAUAACAUUCGUCGAGGAUUCCAGGAAGGGACUGGAGUCCUUGGCGAAAUCAGUUGAGGAAUCAGUGGAAACCGAAGUGAAGGCGGCGCUGAACGACACCAUCACCAAAAUAAAGAAGGCUGUGAGUGACAGUCCUGUUGGAACUGCACUGCGGGCUGCGAAGUGCGGAGAGGACGCAGUCGGUGCGGCUGUUGCGGCCGGUGUUAAAACGGUUCAGGACGUCAUCGGCUGUACUACCAAUCAGAUCAAUGCGGUAUUGACCCCGGCCUUUGACCUCCUCAGUCAGGGUAAGAAGGGUCUCUCCAUGGGCUCCGACAUCUAUAAGGAAGUGACGACAGAGUGCUUCCCGAACGGCCUGAGUGAAGUCAACGGUCUGAACGCACUUCCGGCGCUGAUAUGCGUUGCAGGCAAAAUUGGCAGCAUCGUCACUCGAGUUAGCGGCAUCGUCACGGCAAUCACGACGGAUGUGCAGAACUUGGAGACCAGUAUCAGUAACACGAGGAACGCCAUCGUCCGUUGCCCCAGGGAGAGGAAGGCAGACUUGGUAAUUCAACUCGGGGACAUUGUAACCAAUUCUGCCAACUGCCUCUUAAAUGCAACAGACGCAUAAUCAGUGGCGUCAGACACAACUGCAUUGCGUAACACACUUGCCACUCUUCGACCCCUCAAAUCUUCGGAUAUUCAAAUCUAUUUCUCACAUCGAUAUAUUUUUUCUUCGAAAUAUUGUAUUAUACAAAAAAAAGAUAUAUAAAUCACAUUCGUAAUAUAUUGGAAUUCAAUUAAAUAAAUGUGUGACCAAUGCAACUAUUGAUGAUACUAUAUAUCCUUAUUUCUAGCAGGUGACUUCAAUGCCUCGACAAUGCUAUUAUUCUAGCAACAACAUGUACACAUUGCUGUAAAAUAUUCGCGAGGAAAAUAGACAUAUAUAGAGUAUGAAUUAAAUCAAUUGUGAAAUGACGGAGCUUAUCUCAGUAAUUAUCAAAAUAUUGGUUUACAUACCAAAGAAACAGCAUCGCACAUCAGAUAUCUCUUCAGGAACACAACCGCUGUUUAUUCUGAAAAACAGGAAAAUGCUUAAAUUCAAAUCGGUGGGUAAAACCCAAAGAUAUCAAACUCUGAAGGAGACGCAUCUGAUUAUUCUUCCUUCAUACAGACGUGAUAUAUAGAAGCGAUGUAAAUAUGUAAAUACUUGUUCAUUUCUAAACAAAUUAGUGUUACAGUAUACCUUCGCUACUAAGGUUACAGUUAAUCCAAAUCGAAAUACGAGAAAUGCUGUUUACAGUUGAGUAUGUACUCAAAAAAAAAAAAAAUAUAUGACAUUUAGGAAGGCAGAAUGAGUCACUUAUCUGUUCAGACAAAACUUCUGACAAUUUCUUCAAACCUGCACUGUUACGUUCAAAAACAAGCACAGCUUCUGACUCUUCUAACUGUGAGUAAAUGUAUUGUCUCUUUAUAAUCUUUAAAUAAAGGAUCUACAAUAAUA